AUGUAUCAACCUCCGAUAGUAAACUUCCCGGUCUUCUCGGUGGUAUGGUCGGAGUCAACGGAUUCUAAUGGCGCCUCUUCUCCAGCGGUGCUCGCGGCGGGCGGCGGGGGUGCUGGUAACACGGGAGUCGGGAACAAGAUUUCCUCGAUUGCCUUCAAGGGGGGCGCCCAGCAACCCUCCCAUGCCAUCGCGCACGAGCUGGAGACGUCGCCCGAGACGUGCAACUGCGUCGCGGCUAGCGGUAACGGUCAGCUCCUGGCCGCUGCGUUCGGAAAGAACGUUCGCAUCUACGCCAGCAACCCCUCAGGCUUCCACCAGCUGGCGGAAGUCGAGGCCGAUUUUGCGACGAAGGAGAGCGGUGUACUUUCCAUGGCGUUCCUGGACAGAAAUAACGGCGGCAGGGACGGUAGCCGAGAACCGGACGGAGGCGUUACGCUCUUGGCUACCGGGGGGGAAGACGGGGUCUUGAGGGUGUGGGAGCUUCACGCCGACGCGCGAACAGCAGGUAGCGGCGAUGGGAGAGAGGGCGAAAGACCACCGUCGCUUUCGGUACAUAUGGUGCACGCAUGCAAAGGGCACGAAAAGCCGGUGACGUGCGUGAGAUUCCACCCUUCAGGGGCGUUGGUGCUCACUGCCUCGAAAGACGGUACCUGCAGGUUGUGGGACUGCGAGCGAGGCUCCGAAGCGGCUUUGUUGCCCACCACGUCCGGCCUGCCUCCGACCGCAUCAACCGCGAAGGCCCCGGUGAUCAUGUGCCGCUCCUGCUGCUUCUCUCCCGACAAGCCAGACGCGAUAUUCUCUGUGCAGAGCGGGGGGCGUGGCAACGCCUACGUCACUGAGUGGAGGUACUCGGUGCGGCCGGACGACGACGCCCCCGGGGGCAGGGGGGUCGCUUGUGAGGUCAAGCCGGUCAAGGUGUCGCUCGUGUCGCCGCACCCGGCGACUUCGCUGUCCGUCCGGAGCGACGGCGCUCGCCUAGCGGUGGGGAACGUGGAGGGGACGGUGCUCGUCUACCGGCUACCCGGGUUUGCGAAGGUCAUGGAGUAUCCUGCCCACGACCUGCCAGUGACGGGCCUGGGGUUUGCGUCGAGGGAGGUGGGGGCAGCGCUUGGGGGAUACGACUUGCUUGCCGGCUCGGCAGACUACAAGAUAAGCCUCUUCAAGUCUCAGGGUGACAAACCCGUUCUGGCUGCAACCUUCCGGGCGUUCACCAGGCUCAUUUUACUACAAGUGUGUGGCACUUUCGUUCUUUCUUCGGCAUGA